AUGAUGCUGACAAGCAGAGAUAGUAAACGCUGGUUUUUCGUUUUUCUGCUGUUCUCGUCUGGCGUACCGCGAGCUGAAAUACCAUCAUAUGACAACUUUCUUCGCUAUGGUUUCCGAUUUACAUCUGUGAAGACCGGGUUUCCUAGGAAAUUGAUGCCGCCUUCUGUUUUGCACUGCACGGAUAUGUGGAUGAAUCCCUAUGUGUGGCAAUUAGUGAAGCAGCUCAGGCGUCAGCGACGAUUUUGGACAGCACCUAGAGGUGCUGGAUUUUGGGAGAAAGAUGUGCAAGGUACAUGGAGGGAACAUGGGCUAGCUUUCCCUGAUUGGGAAGACAAACAGUAUCUGGACAGAUACAGAGUCACAAAAGCAACAUUCUGGUUUCUAUUUAGACGAUACGGCUGGCGUCUACAAAAGCAAAACACCAAUUUGAGGAAACCAAUAAAUGCAGACAAGCGCUUUGCAAUUACUCUACACUGGCUUGCUCAUUCAACGUCUUUUUCAGAACUAUCUAUAAUCUACCGAGUUGCAAAAGCUUCUAUUGUGUCAAUUGUGCACGAGGGAAUGUAUGUGUUGCGUCGGUUUCUGGUUCCAGAUUCUAUUCGUUUUCCCACUGGAGAUGAACUGGACCAAGUUAUUGCUGACUUUGAAGCACUCUGUUGUUUGCCUCACUGUGGUGGAGCAUUAGAUGGGACUUUUAUGCAAAUAAAAAAACCUAGCAAAUUUGGAGACAGCUAUUACUGUUACAAAAGAUUUCAUAGCAUCAUAGUGCUGGGGUGUGUUGAUGCCAGAGGAAUAUUUAUUUCAGUCAACUCUGGUCGGCCAGGGUCUGUCGGAGACUCGUACACAUUCAGAAACAGUCAGCUGAAACAAAAUAUAGACAGUGAUGUUUGGUUGUCUACGGUACAUCAAAAAAUUAUUGGGGGAUUAUCAAUCAGGCCAUUUCUGGUUGCGGAUGCAGCAUUUCCCCUCAGUUCGACUGUCAUAAAAUGUUAUGAUGGUGACAAUCAUGUUGGCAGAGAAAAGAGCUUUAAUUAUUCUGUCAUUCGAACAAGGAGAGUAGUGGAACAGGCUUUUGGAAGACUCAAGGGGCGAUGGCAAGUGACAGCACAUAGCAACCUCAAGAAUCCGGAGUUCGCGAGCCAAGUAGCUACAGUUGCUUGUGCUCUUCACAAUAUUUGCGAGAGGCACAACUGUCCCUUUGAAGAAGACUGGUUGCCCGAAGAUGCUGCUUAUAACAAUGAUGUUGUAGGUCCUCCUCACCAGCAUGUAGUUGAUGAUGAUGCACAACGUGUCAGGGAUACCCUUGCAGACUGGGUUCAUGCUACCAAUCCUAGACACUGA